AUGGGUAAUUAUAGUGAAUUGUUAUCAGAGGAACGUGGAGAUGAUUUCUUAGAUUACGGAGAGUUUGAUUAUUCUCAAAGGGAAUACCCUGGCGAAAUACGAACCUAUCCUAUUUGGGAGAUGGUCUUAAAGAUAGCAUUUUAUGUGCCGGUUAUUGUUAUGGCGUUGUUUGGUAACUUGUUGGUGAUUUUGGUUGUAGCGCGUAAUAAACGGAUGAAGACUACUACUAACUACUAUAUUGUUAAUUUGGCUGUGGCUGAUUUAUUAGUCGUAUUGACUUGUUCUUGGGUCCAUUUAUUAGAUGAUUUAACAGAAGGCUGGAUUCUUGGUGCCUUCUUCUGCAAAUUCAACACAUUCGCACAAGUCCUCUCACUGGUGGCCAGUAUCUUUACUCUUACCUUUAUUGCAUGUGACAGAUUUUUUGGCAUAGUGUUUGCCAUGAAAGCCCAUUUCAUAGAAAGACGUGCACGCUAUACAAUAUUAGCUUUAUGGCUGUGUUCGUUAGCUGUAGCUGCUCCUCUUCUAGUGUACAGGGAUUUAUAUGAGGUGCAAUGGAAAAAUCACCUUGAACGAUGGUGUGACGAUCAUUGGCCGGUUGUGAAAGCUUAUUAUACUCUUGUGUGUGUUGUGUUAUUUUUUCUACCUUGUACUGUAAUGACAAUUGCAUAUGCUGUGAUAAUUUGGACUCUAUGGGCUUCUCGUGCUCCAGGAGAGCGAACCACUAAAGAUAUGAAAGUACAGAGCAAGUUAAAGAAAAAGGUUAUUGUUAUGCUUGUAUUAAUAUUGGCUAUUUUUGUGGUUUGUUGGCUACCUCUGGUCUCUAUUUUGUUAUAUACAGAAUAUAGAGAAGACAAAAAUUCAAGGGUAGGUAAUGUUUUUCAUAUUAUUCUAAAAGAAUGGUUUAUUAAUUUUCAAUAUUUUGCUCGUUACCUUGCUCACACCAAUAGUGCUGUCAAUCCGCUAAUUUAUGCUGGUUUUAAUGAUAAUUUUAGAAAAGGUAAAUAUCAUUUUUCUUACAUUGCUUUUCACUUCCCAUGUGAUGCUUAA